AUGCUUCAAACAAUGACGGCUAUCUGUGUUUUCGAUGUUCCAGAUGCCGAUAAGGAUUCUGUGUUGGACAGUGUGACUGCUGAGCUGAAGGAACUCGCCAAAAACAUCGAUGUUGAGGAACUUGAGACACAGGCUGCAGGAUACGAAAACAAGGAGGAAGGUGGCAAGGUGGACAGUACCGAUGGUUGGGUUGACAAGAGGCUUGAAUUGACAGACAUUGAGCGGGCAGCGUUGGACGACAGUGUGCUUUCGGUUCGACUGCUACUUGUCAAGCUUCGGAAACUCUCCUAUGCAAUCGUUAACUCCACCACUCUCUUGCUUCCCAAAUGGUUCUCAACCUUGAAGGACAUGAAGCUUGACGAACGUGCGAUGCCUUGUGAUGUCUCGACAUGCUGGAACUUGACCUAUGACAUGUUAAAGUUCGCGAUCGAUUAUCGAAAGGCAAUCGACAGACUUACCACAGAUAAAAGCCUUGGUAUUUGA